CUUCUUGUACUUUCCUCCCUUUUUUAUUAUCAUCUCUUUCUCUUGUCAGUCUUGUCUUACUUAAUUUCUCCUCUCUGUCUCUCUCUUUCUCUCUCUCAUUCGCCUGUGUGUUCAUUUUAUGAAUUUUUGUGUUUUUCUUUUUCAUCUCUACUCUUUUUUUUCUCUCUCUGAUUAAUUUGUUCUCUCAGUUAGUUUUGUUUUUCUCUUCAAACAAACAAUUAAAUUUUAGUUAAUUGGUGAAAAUGAAUGACACCAAGGAGAAAAUUGAUUCCAAACAAGAUGAGAUGAAAGGUGGUUUCGCUACCUUCAUUUGGAAUCCCUGGAAGAAGGAGUUUUGUGGUCGCACAGCUUCAUCUUGGGGAAAAAUUUUUGUUUUCUAUGUCAUUUUCUAUAUUUGCUUGGCUGCUUUCUGGGCUAUUAUGUUAUUGAUUUUCAGAAGCACAAUCGAUGAUAAACAACCUAAAUGGAAAUUAGCAGAUAGUCGAAUUGGAACCAAUCCCGGUCUUGGAUACAGACCUCGACCACCUCGAGAGAGGCUUGAAAGUACUUUGAUCAGAUUCCGAAGGAACAACCAGAAAACUUUCCAGCAUUGGGUUCAAGAUUUAACAACAUUCACCAAUGAAUACUCUAACUCCAAUAAAACUGGAAGUGGUGGAGCUGCUCAUCCAAUUGAUUGCGAAACUAGCCAAAUAUCUGCAGAUAACCAAUUCUGCUUUUUCGAUGUUCGAAAGCUUGGCUCAGAGUGUACUAAAGAAAACUCAUUCGGCUACGCCGAAGGAAAACCUUGUGUGCUCAUCAAAUUAAAUAGGAUAUUUGAUUGGAAACCGCAAACUUAUGAUCCAACUGAUUAUGAUAACCCAAGUUUGCCUCAAGAACUGAGGACUGCCAUGAGAAAUACUUAUGAUCAAUCUAAAGGAGCUCGUCGUUACAUUUACAUCACAUGCCAGGGACAAAAUCCAAUUGACAAGGAAAACGUUGGCCCUAUCAAGUUUUACCCUGAACCAGGAAUAAGGGAUUACUAUUUCCCCUUCCGAAACCAGGACAACUAUAAAUCACCAUUUGUGUUCGCCCAAUUUACUAAUCCUAGUCAUGGUUUGGUCAUCAAUGUGGAAUGUAAGGCGUGGGCCAAAAAUAUCAAGCACAAUCUUUUAGAGAGAGAAGGCAGUGUUCACUUUGAACUGUCCAUAGAAUAACACAUUCGUUAGUUUUAAAAACAAUAAUUAUAUAUAUUAUAACAAUUUCAACCAAUUGUAGUCGAUUACAGAGAUAUUCCUGUUGAGAAAACGAAAAGUAUAAAACACGAAGAUGAAAAACACCAUCAGCAAGAAAAAAAAACAACAACAGUUAACAUCAGCAACAAUAUUUUCAUCGAGAAAAGAAAACAAAUCAUCAACAUGUAUGCAAAUACAUACUGCUAAUAUUAAUCUGAGAAGAAGAGAAACUUACCUCAUGUAACAUUUACUGGUUUGCACCAAUUCAGAAUAAAUCACGUAUUCCGGUUUUAAGUUAAACAGACAAGAUGAUGGAUGAAUAUAAACCUUUUCUUCCGACAUUUUCUGUAAAAUUAAUUCAGUAAUCAAACAAAAAUUAACAAAGUUACAUAAAAAUCGAUUAAUAUAAAACAAUUCACAUGAAAGAAGAAAAA